AUGUCUGGUCUGGGUCUGGCUGUCUUUUACCUCCUACGUGGAGGUGGUUGCUGCUCAUUGGCUGAAGACAUUUCGGCACGAGACAAUUGGCUUGGUUGGUGGCAUGACGAAGACGAUGAUGGUGAUGAUGAUGAGGAUGAUAUCGAUGAUGAUAUCGAUGAUGAUAUCGAUGAUGAUAUUAAUACAUUCUGUCGACUCAGAGAUGCGAGGCGUUUGGGAGGUGAAUCGCGUAGGGCGACGUGGAAAAGUACGAUUGAGUGCGCGGUAGAAGGAAGCCGAAAAGAAGCAGAAGUGGACGAAGAGGAAGAAGAACAACAGGAGGAAGAAGAAGAAGAAGAAGACGACGACGAUCAGGAGUAUGAGUAG